AUGGCCGCUAGAGCCACCGACUAUGACUCCUGGUCGUUACAAGAGCUUAGGGAUGAAGCUACGAGAAGAAGUAUUUAUUUCCCACGUAAGGACGGGGUUAAGACCUUGGCAAGCAGACUAAGAGCGUUUGAUCGGUUAGGCCAAAGUUCGGGGGAUGAGGGGGAAAACGAGAAUCUUGUGGAGUCUGCUCAGGACACUAGUCUCAGUUUUGAUCAAAGAUUACAGCUACAGGAUCGUGAAAUGCAGAUGCUAGAAUUACGAAGGAAAAUUAGUUAGGAGCAAAGGGAAAUUAGGGAGCUAGAGAGAGAGGUAAAGGCGCCAGACAGAAAAAGAGGCCGAGAAAGAAAGAAGAGAGUAUGAAAGGCAAACGUCCCAGGAAGAAGAAGAACCUUUGAUUCGAGAAGAGGAGAGACUUAGAAAACUCAGAGCUGAGAAAGAACAAUUUGCUGCAAGAGAGUCGGAAAGAUGGCAGGUGAGUAACAAUGAGACUAAAGGGCCCAAAUUUAUGAAAAUCAGAGAAAUGAGGGAAAGUGAGGAUAUGGAUGAUUAUUUCAGGAUUUUGGAAAUGACUGCAAGGGCACAAUCUCUACCAAGCUAACUGAAAAGGUUAAGUCAAUCUACUUAGAAAUUCCUGACCCUGCCUGCGAAGGUUAUUUCGAAAGUAAGGCUAUUAUCAUUAAAGCUUACCAGUUGACUGCUGAUCAUUAUAGAUAUAGGUUUCGGACUUCGGAGAAAAAACCUGAUGAGGAUUUUGUUCAGUGGGAAAACAGGACCCGUAGGUACCUUAAUCGUUGA